AAGAAUGCGGCGGCUGUGACCAGUGGUCAGAAGUGGGUGCUCUUCAACUGGGAAUCGCCCGAGAAUUCGCCGGCCUAUAACGUGCGCCAUCUCUUCAAUCACAUCGAUUGGUUUAUUAAUUAUAGACGCGAUUCAGACAUUUACGUGCCGUACGGGUCGGUCACCAAAUGUGAUACAAAGUGGCACAACGAGGAUCUCUUCGACGGCAAGAGCGGUUUCGUGGCGUGGAUUGUGUCCAAUUGUCACACUUCUAGCAAUCGAGAGACGUAUGUCAACGAUCUUCGCAAACACAUCGAUAUUGAUAUCUUUGGAAAUUGUGGUCAAUACUGUUCGCGAGACGGCACUUGUCUUUCGGCGAUCGUUAAGAAAUACAAGUUUUACCUUUCAUUUGAGAAUUCGUUAUGUAAAGACUAUGUGACAGAAAAGUUGUUUAAAAUCAUUUCAUACGAUAUAAUACCUGUAGUGUACGGUUCGGCCGACUAUUCGCUUAUAAUGCCUGACAAUUCAUUUAUAAAUGUAAAAGAUUUUAAAACUACUAAGGAUUUGGCCAAAUAUCUCAAAUUGGUCUCAAAUAAUAAACAAUUGUAUAACUCGUAUAUGUUGUGGAAGAAGAGUUAUUGUCCACAACUCACUCAUUACAAGUAUUUCUGUCAUUUAUGCCGCAAAUUGAAUGAAUACAGCCCUCGGAAGCCGACUAACCGGUGGAACCGUACGAAUCUGAUUGAGUGGUAUAUCGAUGGCGGAGAUUGCAGGCGACCCACGUUUAAC